UUACGGAAUAAAUUAUCAAAUCACAUGACGCGUGAUGACGCCAUAAAUAAGUCAUAUCCUUAUCGGAAUGUAAAUGCGUUCACCUCUUUUCUUCCUCGUUGGAAACUGAGGAUCUCGAACCUGCAUGGGUCAGUGCAAUUCUAUCCAGACGCGUAAUAUGCGACUUACAUUCUGCACAUCUUGAGGAAAGAUGUCCUGCACCAAGGAUCCAGAGGUUCCCGCAGGCAGGAAAAUCACUGUUUGGCCACAAUGGCUGACUGCUUUCGCAAUCAGUCUAGAAACCAUCGUUUCUGGUCUGGCCAACGGCUGGGCAUCGCCAUAUUUAGCGCAAUUAACAUCAACGACAGCAGACGUUCCCUUGAAGCUGACCGACAUCGAGGCAUCUUGGAUCGCGUCCCUUUUAAGCCUUGGUCGUGUAAUUGGUGCGCUGCUCGGUGCUUUUUGUCAAGAGUACACCGGGUUAAAGAAGGUGCUGCUGUUAUCGGGCUUGCCGUUACUCUCUAGCUGGAUCCUCAACAUCUGCGCCACGUCAAUCACGUGGCUCUACCUUUCCAGAUUCUGCUCCGGAAUCGGAUCGGGCAUCAUGUGGCCCGCGGUAUCCUUGUAUCUCGGCGAGAUCGCCAAUCCUGCUAUCCGAGGCUCCCUGAUAUCCUUGAACGUGAACAUCGCAUCAAUGGGUAUGUUCCUGGGCAAUGCGAUGGGCCCUUACAUGUCCAUGGAGAUGUUCGGUUAUGUGAGCCUCCUACCGAAUAUCCUCUUCAUGGUCCUCUUCAGCCUGAUACCUGAGUCACCCUAUCAUUAUGCUCUUCACGGCAAUAUCGACGAGGCCGAGGCAUCUCUCAAGUGGUUCCGACGAGAGGCUGACGUCAAGGCCGAAAUACAGGAGCUGCAGGACUUUGUCGACGGUGCCAGCACCAGCGUUUUAAUGAAGCUCAAGGCCUUUCUGUUACCAGUGAAUCUGAAGAACAUCUUCAUCAUGCUCGGUUUAAAUAUCUUCGUUCAGGCGAGCUCGUUCAGCACGAUAAACGCCUAUACCGAGAUCAUCGUCAUCAGUACCAAAGUGAGCAUCACCCCGUCGAUCGUGGUGAUGGCAUUGUGUUUCGCCACGGUCGCCGCCGGCUUCAUCACUAUCUUGCUGGUGGACAGGUUCGGUCGGAAGAACCUCCUGAUACUUUCCAGCAUCGGCGUCACCGUUUCGUUCGCCGCACUCGGUCUUCACUUCCAUCUUCUCUCUCUGAACUUCGACCCUGUAAGCCUGACAUGGUUACCGAUCGCGUCAUUGCUGUCCUUCAAUAUAUUCGUGUCCUGCGGUCUGUCCACGGUGCCCAGCACCCUCGUGGGCGAGAUGUUCCCGGCGAAUCUCAAGAAUCUGGCGUCCCUUUGCAUUUUUUCGAGCAACGCCCUGUUAUCCUUCGCGUUCGUUAAGAGCUAUCAGCCUUUCAUCAAUUUGGCCGGAGAAACAAUCGUCUUUUGGAGCUACGGGCUUUUCGUGCUCGGAGCGGUGCCCUACGUGCGGUACUUGAUCCCCGAGACGACCGGCAAAAGCCUGCUGGAGAUCCAGCAAGCCAUCAAAAAAUGAAGCGGCGCGAUUUGUCGAAAAAUCAGAACUAUAAUUUAAAAAAACUUUACUUUAAUCCUGUUGUUGAUCUUGAGAAAAUCUAAAAUUAAAACUUUAGGGUAUAGAGCGAAAAUUUAGAUCUAAAAUUUCGAAAUGACCUGUGAGAUCCAAAUGUUCACAAUUCUUAAAUUGAAAUGUUGAUCUCUGUAAUUUGGGCGAUAAUUUAUAACCAAGUUUAUGCAAUAAAACCCAUGGUUUAUUUAUCUUGUAGGCUAAUUAACUAAAUUAACUAAUAAUAAUGAAACAAACAUUUAUGUAUAUGUUUU